AUGUCUCUAAAUAUAGGGGGUCACUUUGUGGGAGACGGUUUUGGUGACUGGAAGAAUGCUCAAAGGUUGGCUAAUCAUGCUACUUCUUCCAAUAGACAUGUUGAUUGUGUGCAUAUGGUAUUGCCCCUUUUAUUCACUCUUCUGAAGAAAACAAGUGAAAAAGCCAGAAAAAAGGGAUUUCCAAUCAAUGGUGUGUUUUGUAUUUUGAUUGAUGAACUGGUGAUGUUGCUGGUAAAGAACAAAUGGUUAUUGUUAUUCGCUGUUAAUAAUGAAGGUUUGGUAAAAGAAAGGUUUCUUGGCAUUGUAAGUGUUAAAGAAACAAGUGCUAAGUCACUUAAGGAGGAACUUGAGAAGUUGUUGUCUAUUAAUGGCUUAGGUAUAUCUAGCAUUAGGGGGCAAGGGUAUGACGGAGCUAGCAAUAUAAGAGGAUUUACAAAUGAUUUGAGUGUAGCGUUACAAAAGCGUGAUCAAGAUCUUUUGAAUGCUUUGUCACUUAUUAAUGCUACCAAACAAGAAUUACAAGAAAUGGGAAAUGAUGGAUGGAAAGAACUUAUAUCUAAGGUUAUGCAAAUUUGCAAUAAGCUUGAUAUUGAUGUGCCUGAUACUGAUACAUCAUAUGUGCAAGGGAAGAAACUUAGGCUACAUGCUACAACUUAUAGUAUUUCUAAUUUUCAUCAUUAUAAACACGGAUGUUUAUUUAAUGUUUUAGAUUUGCAGUUGCACGAGCUCAAUGCUAGGAUGGUUGAACUUUAUCCAAAUGAUUUUGUAGAUGUGCCGGAAGUGGUGCUGCGACAUCAGCUUCAGAAUUAUGUUAGAAAUGUUCGAUGUGGCCCAAAAUUUGCAAAGUUAAAAGGACUUUCAGAUCUUUCUGCAAAAAAUUUGGAAACUAAUAAGUGA